AUCGUCUUCAUUUAUAAUGGAGGUAGAUCAGGAGUUUCACGAUAAAGUAGCAGCGUUGUGUCUGAAACGUUUUGAAACUUUGCCUAAGUCGGGGAAACCCAAAAUGAACGAGUGGACUGUUCUCUCUGGAGUUGUACUGGAAUUCGAAGGCAAUUUGAGUGUUGUAGCUCUGGGAACAGGCUCGAAAUGUAUUGGAAAAACUAAAUUGUCACCCCGCGGGGAUAUCUUGAACGAUUCACAUGCCGAAAUUAUCUGUAGGAGGUCAUUGUUACGAUUUUUACUCGAUCGAAUGAAAAACGGGGCUGCAUUUCUGCAUUUCAGUAACUCGUCUAAGAAAUAUAGUGUCUCGGAAGGGGUUAGGUUUCACUUUUUCACAACUCACGUACCUUGCGGGGAUGCGUCGAUUUUCCUGAAGGAAGACGUCGAAGAUUUUGGCGAAAUACUCGGGAGCUGUAUAAAAGACGUUUCCGAUGAAUAUGAAGUGCCAAGGAAGAUUGCUAAGGUUGGUGAGGAAAGCGAUAUCUUCCGGACUGGCGCGAAGUGUCUGGAGCAAGAUGAAAGGCAGGAUUUGAAGGGGGCGGGGUGCGGUUAUCAUGUACUGGGAGCGAUUCGCACAAAACCAGGCAGAGGUGACCCAACGCUAUCCAUCUCCUGCAGCGACAAACUGUCACGGUGGUGCCAUCUCGGCGUCCAAGGCGCUUUACUGUCCCUUCUGCUCGAACGACCGAUAUACUUUUCCACGUUCACCAUUGCAGCUAAAAUGCCGUUUUCUAAAGACACUUUAGAAAGAGCCCUCUACGACAGGGUGGGAUCGGUCAAGUUAAAACAUCCGUACACUCAACAAAAACUGAUUGUAGGACAGGCCGUACUCCCGUUUGAUUUGGCGAAGGACGCUGCGAAGCGGCCCAGCGAUUGUAGCAUAUCGUGGUGCGACGUCAAAGAAAGAAGUUUGGAAAUCGCUGUCGAAGGCAAACGGCAGGGAGUUACAAAAAAGAACCUCAACGCCCCUUCCGCUAGGUUGAAAAUCUGCAAAUUGGAACUGUUUAGGAGUUUUAUGGAAGUUUGCGAGUUACGCCACAUAAAUUUCAGUCGUAAUUGUGAUAUAAAAACUUUUAAUUAUAAGGAAGUUAAGGAGUUAGCUGCAGAUUAUAAUGAAUGUUGGGAAUUGCUUAAGGAAAGUUUCAAAGUUUGGACAAAUAAAGAUGUAAAUUUGUUGCACUUUUCUAUUAAAUAAGACGAUUUUAUUUUU